CCACAGUUGCUGGCUGCCAGUCAGGAACUACGUCUUGUUCGUCACGACCAGUUUCUUGCACUGACGAUUCCUCGCAACGGUUUUCCCGUGGUGAGCACCUCUCUACUGGUGGCUGCGUGUUCGACAUUUUAGUGAAGCAUCUCGUACCCAUGUCGAACUGGAGUCUUUUGGUCACUUCCCGUUUUGCCGCCUCGAAGCCAGGAUGGCACCCAAGUUUUCGCGAGCAUCGGAUCUCUCUCAGCGUUCAUCCAUUCUUGUGCAGGAUGUGGGUCCUGACGACCUUGAUCUCGGUGACUGCUGGAAUGGGCAUGCUGUGAGGCCUGCACCACGUUGGCGAAUCGCAUACGCCGAGAAGAAAACACGGAGCGGCCCCACGUGGGGCUCACGCUUCGUAUCGCUCUCUUCCAAUGUGCGCAACGCUGGCGCUGCGAUAACCACCCGCGCGAAGCAAGUUCGUAUCCCCACGUCAACCCGCUUCUCCCUCAGUCGACUGUGUAAACCCACAGCAUUAUCAAGAGCAGCUUCCAUGCCGACUCAGCGCGUGCUCAAGGAGUCCGACUUCGACGACUGCGAUGGCCAACCCGAGCCGGAAGACGACAGCUAUGGCUCAGAGACUGGCAAGAAGCACUCGAAGCUCCAUUCAUCCCACUCGUGGACCCAAGGCAGCUCCUAGAGAAGAGUUGAUAUGCAUAAAGAAAGUGAGGAUAUCAUAGAAACCAAUAGAGCGUUAUGAAACCACUUCAACUUGUC